GUAGGACCCGGUGACCAUCGCGAGUAUGUCCAUCUCGUCGUGAUGAAAGCCAUAGGAAUCGAACUUUUUCAUUAUUUAUUUCUGGUUAAGCCCUAGCUUUUGACCCUAAGUGUUGAUUGCAGCGCGGAAUCUCAGUGUCUUUCUUGGCGCCAUGGCCACGGUCAACGGGCGUCCAGCCCAAUAUGGAAUCAGCCUCAAGCAACUUCGCGAUCUCAUGGAAGUUCGAGGCAGAGAAGCCAUCGAUAAACUGAACUCCGAAUAUUCGGGUGUUCUAAAUAUCUGCAAGAACCUCUAUACUUCCCCCACGGAAGGAUUGAGCGGGAAUGCCGCGGAUCUUGAUCACCGGCGGCAAACCUUCGGAUCAAACGUGAUUCCCCCUCGCCCUCCGAAGACGUUUCUUCAGCUAGUGUUCGAAGCUAUUCAGGACGUCACACUCAUUAUUCUUAUUGUUGCUGCCAUCGUGUCUCUCGGAUUAUCUUUUUAUCCUCAUGGCGGUGAGAAGAAUGAAGGCGCAAACUAUGGUCACGCGGACGAAACGGAGAGUGAAGCUGGAUGGAUCGAGGGUCUGGCAAUCUUCAUCUCUGUCAUUGUUGUUGUCAUCGUCACAGCUUUCAAUGAUUACACCAAAGAACGGCAAUUUAGGGGACUUCAGUCCAAGAUAGAGGGAGAGCACAAAUUUGCGGUUAUCCGAAACGGGGAAGUUGAGCAAAUCAAAGUCGGAGAUCUUGUUGUUGGGGAUAUUUGCCAAAUCAAGUACGGAGAUUUAUUGCCAGCUGAUGGAAUCUGCAUUCAGAGCAAUGACCUAAAAGUUGAUGAAUCUUCUCUUACCGGGGAAUCGGAUCACGUAAAGAAAGGCGAGAAUUCUGACCCCAUGCUGCUUUCGGGUACACACGUCAUGGAAGGCAGUGGAAAGAUGGUCGUAACGGCCGUCGGAGUAAAUUCGCAAGCUGGUAUUAUUUUCACUCUUCUCGGGGCUGCGGUAGACGAGCAAGAGAAGCUGGCGAAGGAUAACAAGGGCAAGCAGAAGAAGGGUCGAGGUUCUGCCGACGUCGAACAGGGUUUGCCCAAUAGUCACCAGGCCCCACCGCCACCCCCAGCUGCCCCGACUGUCCCUGUUAUUCAAAGUCCGCAGGAUGACAAGCCUCGGGAAGAGGGCGAGCAUUCGGCGAAGAAGGAAAAAUCUGUUUUGCAAGCGAAGCUAACGAAGUUGGCCAUUCAAAUCGGUUAUGCUGGGUCUUUCAUUGCUGUAUUGACGGUGAUCAUCCUGAUCGUGCGAUUCUGCAUCCACACAUUCGUAGUGGAACAGAAGGAAUGGAGUGGCUAUUACGCCAAUUAUUUCGUGAAGUUUCUGAUCAUAGGUGUCACUGUGCUUGUCGUUGCUGUUCCUGAAGGUCUGCCGCUAGCUGUCACGUUAUCUCUUGCCUACUCCGUGAAGAAAAUGAUGAAAGACAACAACCUUGUGAGGCACUUGGACGCGUGUGAAACGAUGGGAAACGCCACGUCGAUUUGUUCCGACAAGACCGGCACAUUGACUACAAAUCGAAUGACGGCUGUUCAGGCGUUCAUCGAAAGCGAGCAUUUUCGCAUGGUCAGGCGCGAAGAUGCCAGCGUGAUUUCUAAGAAGACCUUGGAUUUGGUGUUCCAAAGCAUCGCGGUCAACUGCGCCUACACAAGUCGUGUUAUCCCACCGUCAGGCGACAUUGAGGGCGAAUUGCCGAAGCAAGUGGGGAACAAGACAGAGUGCGCCCUGUUGGGUUACGUAAUGGACCUUGGAGGUAGUUACGAGAAGAUCCGCGAGGAAUACACCGAGGAAAGUCUGUACAAAGUCUACACGUUCAAUUCGGACCGGAAAUCCAUGUCUACCAUCAUUCGAUUGCCAGGAGGAGGAUUCCGUGUUUGCUGCAAGGGAGCUUCUGAAAUCGUCAUGAAAAAGUGUUCGUUUAUGAUCGGCAACCGAGGCGAACUGAAGAAAAUGACGAAAGACAUGCAAGAUAAGUUGGUCCGAGAUGUAAUCGAACCUAUGGCGUGUGACGGCCUCCGAACUUUGUCCGUUGCGUAUCGAGACUUCGUUCCGCACAAGGCUGAAAUCAACCAGGUGCACUACGAGACUGAGCCGAACUGGGAGGAUGAGACGAAUAUCAUUACCAACCUAACGUGCCUCUCGAUUUUUGGCAUCGAGGAUCCCGUCCGUCCUGAGGUCCCGGACGCCAUUAAGCAAUGUCAGCGAGCUGGAAUCACAGUCCGGAUGGUUACUGGAGACAACAUCAAUACCGCUCGAUCAAUUGCGGGCAAAUGUGGGAUCAUCAAACCGGGAGAUGAUUCGUUGAUUCUUGAAGGCAAAGAGUUCAAUCGGCGUGUGCGUGACGCAUCUGGUCAGAUUCAGCAACAUUUGAUCGAUAAAGUUUGGCCGAAGCUGCGAGUGUUGGCCCGGUCUUCGCCCACGGACAAGUACACUCUCGUCAAAGGCAUCAUUGAUUCCAAAGUGAGCGAAAAUCGGGAAGUCGUUGCUGUGACUGGAGACGGUACAAACGACGGACCUGCUCUGAAGAAAGCGGACGUUGGAUUUGCCAUGGGUAUCACUGGAACUGAUGUUGCGAAGGAAGCCUCCGAUAUUAUUCUCACUGACGACAACUUCUCAAGCAUCGUUAAAGCCGUAAUGUGGGGUCGCAAUGUUUACGACAGUAUUGCUAAAUUUUUGCAGUUUCAAUUGACCGUGAACGUGGUUGCCGUCAUCGUUGCUUUUGUUGGUGCUUGUGCCAUCGAAGAUAGUCCGCUCAAGGCUGUGCAAAUGCUUUGGGUGAAUUUAAUCAUGGACACGCUGGCUUCAUUGGCUUUGGCAACGGAAAUGCCCACGUCGGAGUUGCUCUUGAGGAAGCCAUACGGUCGCACGAAGGCACUGAUCUCGCGAACGAUGACGAAGAACAUCUUGGGACAGAGCAUAUACAUGCUCUUCGUCAUCUUCUUUCUUUUAUUUUAUGGAAUGCACUUCUUCGACAUUGAUUCUGGAAUGUGGGCAGAUAUUCAGGAGCCGCCGUCUCAGCAUUUCACCAUUAUCUUCAAUGCGUUCGUUUUGAUGACUCUCUUCAAUGAAAUCAAUGCGAGAAAAAUUCACGGCCAAAGGAACGUAUUUUCCGGCAUCUUCACCAAUCCGAUCUUCUACGCCAUCUGGAUUUCCACGUUUGUUUUCCAGAUCGUAAUCGUCCAAUUCGGCGGACGAGCGUUUUCAACCGCUCCGCUGCAACUUGCCCAUUGGCUCUGGUGUUUAUUUUUCGGAUUUGGAACUUUGUUGUGGGGCCAAGUUGUGACAUCUGUGCCAACCAAGAAGAUUCCAAAAACUUUGAGCUACGGUCGCGGUCAACCGGACGAGCUGGCGAUAAUUUCGGAAACUCUAAUGGAAGAUGGACAUCACGGUAAGGAUUGGGAUGCCUCUGAGAAGCGCAGAUCGACCGGACAAAUCCUCUGGAUUAGAGGUCUAACCAGACUGCAGACACAGCUGAAAGUGGUCCAUGCAUUCAAGUCGACGUUGGAAGACAUGGAGGACCGUCGUUCGGUUCAUAGUGUGCUGCUUUCCGGGAAAAACCAGCGAUUCGCCUCCUCCGUCACUCUUCCGAAACUCCAAGCUCUUGAUUCCAGGCCUCGGUCCAACUCUGACCGAUGCCUCAACUUCGUAGACCCCGAUAACUCUGCUUAA